AUAGCCUUUGCGAUAUUUAAAUGUAUGGGUUAAUUUUUUAUCCACUUUAAUAACCGUUUUAUUCCUCCUUCUACUUAUUUGCUUUCUCUUUCCACUCUGAAGCCGUGGGUACAGAAUCUCUGCAGGCAAGUUGCUCCAGAGCACAUUGCAGGACAAACCUGUAACGAAUAGUUACAUUCACGGCAUCUGGAUUCCUAAUCCUUUUCCGAAAUGGCAGGUGUGAAUGGCUGUAUAAAAUAUUCUAUGUUUACCUUCAACUUCUUGUUCUGGCUAUGUGGUAUCUUGAUCCUAGCAUUAUCAAUAUGGGUACGAGUAGGCAGUGACUCUCAAGGGAUUUUAAAUUCUACAGAUGUGGGCCCUAGCUCCCAUGUUGCUGCGGACAUAUUGAUUGCUGUAGGUGCCAUCAUCAUGAUUAUGGGAUUCCUGGGAUGCUGCGGUGCUAUAAAAGAAAGUCGCUGCAUGCUUCUGUUGUUUUUCAUAGGUUUGCUUCUGAUCCUGCUUCUGCAGGUGGCGGCAGGUAUCCUAGGAGCUGUUUACAAAUCUGAGUCUGAUCGCAUUAUCAAUAGAACUCUCCAUGAAGACACAAAGCUUUUGAGCACCACAGGGGAAAGUGCAAAACAAUUCCAGCAAGCCAUGGCUGAGUUUCAAAAAGAGUUUAAAUGCUGUGGUUUGGUCAAUGGAGCUGCUGAUUGGGGAAAUAAUUUUCAACAAGAUCCCAAAUUAUGUGAAUGUCUAGAUACGCAGAGACCAUGCACCAACUAUAAUGGAGAACAAGUUUACGAAGAGCCCUGUAUUUCUACCAUAAAAGACUUAUGGGCGAAAAGUUUCAUAAUAAUUAUUGGAAUAGCAUUUGGACUGGCAGUUAUUGAGGUACAGUAUAAUCUUGUAUUAUUGACUCUUUAUUCUCUUGCUUGUUCAUUAAUUUUAAGAAAUAUUGAUGGUGAACAAACAAACAAACAAACACAACAACCAUAA